UUUAUGUAAGGAUCUCGAGCCAGCUGCCUACGUGGAAAUCCGCAACGGUAGCUCACUUCACCUGUCGACCAUGGAACAACGUGGACCAGGAAAGCCACCUGGCAGACGGGAGAAUGAAAUUAUCAGGCAGGCUGAAAAGGAGCACGAGUUGGUGAGGCGGCAGCGAUUUCUAGAGAUACCAAGAAUUGACAAAAACCAAUCUAGUUUGAAGGACAGUCAAAAAACUAAUAGUUAACUGAGCAAACGUUGAAAUAUUUGUUAAAAAUAUAUUACAUUCCAUUUCAUUGCCGCUUCGUUUUUGAUUUUUUUAAAUUUUCUUCAAAAAUGUUUGCCACCUAUUCGAGCAACGAUGUGGCUGCCCAUGAGGAAGUAGAUGCUACUCAUCAAGAAGUUUCUCUUGUUGAAGAUGAAAUGCAAUCGAUCAUCUUUUUGGCGCACCAGGAGCAUGAGGCACAGACCCAUCAACAAGUGAUGAGUGCGAUGAAGCAACGCGGAGAGGAGGAGUUGGCCAAACUCAAAGAUAUUAACCCAUUACCCAAAAGUCUUACCAGAGACCAGAUCGAUGCUGUCCACGACGAGGAGAUCAGAGUUCUGCUGGACCAAAUCGAUUCGAAGGAGGAGAGUAGCGAUGAAGAUGACGACGAUACUUUUUAA